AUUACAUCUUCUACUUCAACAAUAGGAAAGAUUAUAACUACUGAUAAAACCGGAGAAAAUAUACUUGUUCAAGAAAAUUCUUGCAACAAUAAAAAAUUUUUACAAUUUAAUCGAUGUCAAGCAUGUGUAAACAAGAAAUCAGAUAGAUGCAGAUUUAAAAAUUUUAGGUAUUUUGAUAUUGAUCCUGUAACAUAUGAAAUAAUAGAAGGUUCAAAUUUUAUUUCAGAUCAGAAUCCUGCACCAAUGCUAGAAUCAAGGGAUAUCCCAUUAAGUCAAGAGGAUAAGCAUUACAUAUUAGACUUAAUAGCACCUACUUUUAGAACAAUUUUACAAAAUGAACUUUCUCAUAUAGACAAAGCUCUAUGUCGAAAAAUCCCUGAAACAAACAGUAGACAAUUAUGUGAUAUUUGUCAGCACAUAAUUUUUAGUGGGUUUUGGAUAUGCAUUGUAUGCGGUAGAGAAAUGUGUAUUACAUGUUAUGAUGAGUGGGAUGAUUUGUCACCAGAGACAUUUUUGACACUUGGUAAAUGUUCUUUCAGACGUAGACAUGAAAAAAAACAUAUGUUGGGCGUUUGUUUCUAUCAACGUUCAGAAAUUGAAAAAUUUUACAUGGAAACAUGCAAAAUACUUAAAGAUGAUCCAAUAAUCAAUGAAGAUAAUAUAACUGCUACAGAGUUGAUUGAAUCAACAAAACCAACGAAAUUGGUAAUAUUAAAAAAACCUAUAAAGCCAAUCAGGCCAACAAAAUCCACAGAAUUGGUUGAAUCAAAAAAAUCUAUGGAGUCAACCAAACCAACAACUGCUAUAGAAUCAUUUGAACCGACUGUAACUUCUCCUGCUUUUAUUAAGUCUGAACCAGAUCAACAAUCCUUAGAUAAAUCUAAUGACAACUCUAUAAUUGAAAAAAAAAAUACGGAAAAUUUAUCUAUUAUGCCUACUAUAAACUGCCCCAUUAAUAAUAAUAAGGAUUAUUUGAUUGAACCAAUGGCUAUUGAUUCAGAAAUUUAUGACAAUUCACAUGAGAGUCAUGAUCAACUUGAAUGGGAUAAUGGAGAAAUGACACUUGAACAAUUUCGCGAAUUUUGGAAAAAAGGUUAUCCAUUUGUGAUUAGGAACUUGAAAUAUGAAGAUCAGCUUUGGAAUCCAGUUUACCUUAGUAGACGAUUUGGUAAUAUUCCAUGCGAUACUAUUGAUUGCAAGACCGAAAAAGUCUAUCAUACAACUGUUAAGGCAUUUUUUGAUGGAUUUGUAAAUCUUGAAAGAAGACCUAAACAUCAAAAUAAUAUAACUUACUUGAAAUUAAAGGACUGGCCAUCAAAUCGAGAUUUUGCUAAAAAGUUUCCUGAUCAUUUUAAAGAUUUUAUGUCUGUCAUGCCAUUUGCACAAUAUUCAACAUAUGGAGGUAGUAUGAAUUUGGUCAAUCAAUUACCUGCAGAAUACAUCAUUUCAGAUUUAGGCCCCAAGAUGUAUUGUGCAUAUGGAUCUGAUGAUGGGCUGAAAGGGGUCGGAACUUCAAAACUUCAUCUUAAUGCAAUUGAUACGGUUAAUUUAAUGACACAUGCACCAGAAAUUCAUGAUAGAUUACCAGAUGAACAAUUAAAACCAGCAGCAGCAGUCUGGGAUUUUUAUCAUGCAAAUGAUUUACCAAAGGUUCGUAAAUUUUUACAUGAACACUCGCAAAAAAUGGGAAUAAGAAUCGAUGAUCCAAUUCAUGACCAAAGAUACUACCUAAACGAAUUAUUAAGAGCUAUGUUAUUACAAGAACAAGGUGUUAAAGGUUGGAGAAUUUAUCAGAAUCCAGGUGAUAUGGUUUUCAUACCAGCAGGUUGUGCACAUCAAGUUUGUAAUUAUACUGCAUGUGUUAAAGUUGCAGUAGAUUUUGUUUCACCAGAAAGUGUCACUAGAAUUUACAAUGUUGGUAAAGAAUUAUAUAGAAUCUCUCAUAAUCAUGCAAGACAUGAAGAUAUUUUACAACUUCCCAAUAUUUUAUUACAUGCAUGGA